AUGUCGUCCACGGCGGGCUCCAAGGUCGUUCCGGCGCAACUCUCCUUCCUAGCCAUAUACAACCCUUCCCUCGGAAGGUCAGAUGAGACAUUCGACCAGCAGAUUGUCUUCUAUUACUCCAAGGCCGCCAAGACACGCUCCAAACUGAGAGAUGGCGAUACAGAGAGGGAAGAGGAGCUGCGCGAGCAGGAGAAUGAGAAGCUGCGUCAGGUCGGGCUAGCUCAGGGCAUGGUAGGCUUUGCGAAGAGCUUCUCUGAUGGCGAGGCAGUUGAUUCUGUAGAAACGCAGAAGACGCGUAUUGUUCUGCGUGAAUUGGAAGACGGGUGGUGGAUAUUGGCAUCGAUUGACCUCACACAACUACCCGCUGCUGGCGGCCUCACACGAACCGAUUCGAGCACCGACACCACCGAGCCCGUAAUCGAGUACUCAUCACGCGAAGUCAGCCCGCCUGCACUGCUGAUCCAACAACUCGCCCGCGCCCAGUCCAUCUUCCUGCUUCAUCAUGGCUCGACAAUGGAGGCCAUGUUCGCCAAACACGGCCGCAGCAAGUUCUGCAGCAUACUAGACAGAUACUGGUCGCGGUUUGCGAGCAAUUGGGACGUGCUACUACAUGGAAGCCCUGCGGUGGACAUAUACGGUGGCAUGAAAUUGGCAGCAGGCGGAGAGUUGGGCAUGGGUGUUGGAGAAGAGGAGUGGGGUAGCAGCGAGCGGGAUGUGCUAGAGGACUUUGCACGCAGAACAUCAGGUCUCGUGGAUGUCAUGGUAUCCCGCUUCGGCGAAGCAUCGCCGUUGCAACAAGCCAAAACCUCUACAAACCCAAAAACACUCGAAGUUUCCGAAUUGGAACCCUGGAUAGGGGUCGGGAGAAAUGCCCAUGCCGCUGAUGGCGUUGUCUUUUCAGGCCUGGGAGCGGUAAGCCGGAAGUCGCUGCGGGACUUGUCCCACUGGGUAGAGACCAUCUACGCUCAUGGCGAGUAUGCUUACGGCAUACGAGACAACCCGACUUCUGAUCGCAGGAAACGGCGGAGGAGAAAUCUGAAGCCCGAGUCCGAGCCCGAACCAUCGCCUCCAAUGCGGGACCAAAGGCUGCGUCCAGUAUCGAACGAUGGCUCAGACCUGCCACCUGGUAUCCCUCCACCGAUUGUCAAAGCGGCUGAGAACUCCCUUGAUAAGGCAGCAGCCGCCGUCGAUAACAACAAAUCUCAGGCCACUUCAACUGCGCCCGAGUCUCAGACAAUGCUAUCGUCUCUGGGUGACACCGAGACGUGGAUGAAAUAUAUGACCCUCGGCUACGGGACAGCAUGGGGCGGAAGCGGAAACAAGAGCGUAGAGACCUCGGGUUCUGCUGCUCCAGCGCCAGCUCCGGUACCACAACCGGUACGCGAACAAACACCUUCCCCCACAGCGAUGCGCUACGUCGAUCCUACACCCGAUGUAGACCCAGCAGAAGAGAAGAUAAAGCAACAGAUACGCCUAGAGAACGAUGGGUACUUUCUCGUAGGGCUCAAGGGGGAUCUGCAAGACUUGGAAGUCGACGACGAGAACGGAGAGGGUGAUUGGAACAACCGAAUACCACUGCGGACUAUACAUGUGGAGGUCGACGGGCGAGCUGCCUCACUGCAAACAGGAGACGGUGAUUCGGACGAGACUCCACAGUACGAGAAGGAUAUGAGAGUGCAACCGACGACGGCAGGAAGUAAUCUAGCCCGGUUACGACCUGUCGUUUACGUGCACCGUCCAUUCGUCUACACAUUCCUCUUCGAACACCGCACGCAUUCUUUAGGCGUCGCAUCAUUCUACCGCGACAUCCACAACUUCUUCUCACCCCUCCACCGCUCCCUGGACAAAAGCACCUCCCCUGCAAACGUCGCCGCGCGUCUUCACGCCGUCUCCAACCACUACACAACCGAAGCCUCAACCGGCGGUUCAGGCCCGAACUCUGGCCCUAACACACAGGCCGUUUACGAUGUUGUCUUCGACCCCCGCACAUACACAAUCCAUUCCAGUCUGCCCAACAUUCCCGACCCAGGAACCUUGCUAGCCGAAGGCCUGGGCAGCAGCAGUACCAGCUCCCUCGGCUGGAGCAGAGUCGAAGCCCUCAACGUCCACUCCCAGAUCCUAGCCACGGUAGCAGGUACGCGCCGCGACCUCUCUGAAAUAGAACGUACGUGCAAGACUUCGCGCGGAUGGUGGGUCGUCUGGAUGCGUCUCCCGCCUUCGCAAGUCAGCUCCGAAGACGCAGCUGCCCAGCAAGACUCGCAGAACAAUUCCAACGAAAGGUCUGGCUCCGCACAGUUCAACACAAAUGAACUCCGGGAAGCGUUCUUAGUUCGCCGCGCGAGGGAUAGUCAGCCAGGAAGUACGAAGAGCUCGAGUCGCUUUGCAAGUGGUAUGUGGAGUGGUCUUGGUAUGGGUGGUGGCAGAGGUCAGAAUCAGAGGAUGGGGGGAGCGGCAGCGGGUUGGGGACCCAAGGGGUUGGCAGAGGGGAUUGGUAUUGAUGCCAGGAGGUAUGUUGAGGAGUUGUUGAGUUUGAAUAGAUAG